CCAAGAUUGGUCUUCGUCAUUAGUUUUCAAACAAGAACAAAAUUUUAAAAAAUCGUUUUAUUUAUUAAAUCAAUAGGCCACAGCAAAUCUUGUAAGACGAAAGUUUAACGAAAUUAGUUGUUACAAAAUUAAAUUUUGUUUUGUAUGGUUAAGUCAAAAGUGCAACUAUGUUGACAUUCAAUAUGGCGGUAUGUCGUCAGUGCUGUGCUGUAUCGUGGUGAGAUUAAUUAAUUUCAUGGAUUUUGUUUGUAUACUUUUUUCAUCUAUAGACACUAAGUAAUUUUGCUGUGAAUAUAAUUUAAUUUAGCAAUCAAAACUGAACGCAACGGCGAAUAAAAAAAUUAAAAAUAUAUUUAAGGCAAUGUAUAGCAGAACUCCGAUUCAGCAAGCAUUGAAGACAUCUGAGGAUCUAGUGUAGUAUAUUCCCAAGUAGUUUUGUUUGAAUUAAGUGUUCUGGUGCAUAAAUUUGUGAACUUUGUUUUAAAGACUCAGUGUUCUAGUGAACACAAGACUUGAAAAAUGUGAUUUUGAUUUACAAAUUUGUAAGCACUAUUAAAACGUAACACCAUACUAUUUUCUGUGAUAUAUUGGUUCAUAACUGAGAUUUGGAUUUAUAUAUUAUACACAUUCAUAUAUAACUACGAAGAAAUUGCAAGAGAAUGUCAAGCAAUCCUCAGUGGAAAUUGUUCCAGCCGCCAGAUUCACAUGUAGCACCCUUGCAGGAUAUUUUAGAUCUCCAACAUUCUAAUAUGCAAUCCAAACAGGUCUACCGCAAUGGUACAUAUAGUAGUGAGUAUCCAAGCUCUCCGAGAGAUAAUUUUAACAAUAUGAACAAGUCGGGUGGAGGAAACAGAUUUUCCUUGGGCAAUUAUAAUUUAGAUGCAUGUCCAAUGGGUGACUCUGUUGGUGUAUACUCAUCUAGCUCCACAAAUAAUCCAUCUCAAUAUGACUCUGUAAACCACCCACCUAUUAGAGAGACAGGAAUCAUUGAAAAAUUACUUCAUUCCUAUGGCUUUAUACAAUGUUGUGAGAGGCAGGCUCGCCUGUUCUUCCACUUCAGCCAGUUCAGUGGCAACAUUGACCAUUUAAAGAUUGGUGACCCAGUAGAAUUUGAAAUGACAUAUGACCGGCGAACUGGUAAACCCAUAGCGUCCACAGUAACAAAGAUUGCUCCAGAGGUAGUGUUGAGUGAAGCUCGUGUGACUGGCAUUGUUACUACAGAAGUUAAGGGUGAGGGGUCAGGGGAUAACACUGGUAGAAUUUCAUAUGAGAACCGUGGUGAAUGUUUUUUCUUGCCAUACACAAAGGAUGAUGUUGAGGGGAAUGUCACUUUGCGUACUGGUGAUGCUGUUAGCUUUCAGAUUGCAACUAACCAAAGAGGCACGCUUGGGGCUUGUCAUGUCCGAUUUGAAAAUCCUGUGCACCCUGUCAAGUAUCAUGGUGUUGUGUGUUCCAAAAAAGAAAACUUUGGCUUUAUUGAACGUGCUGAUGUCGUCAAAGAAAUAUUUUUCCACUAUUCAGAAGCAAAAUUGAAAGAGGAAUUAUCAUUGGGUGAUGAUGUGGAGUUUAUAAUUCAGACAAGAAAUGUAAGUUUUAGUUGCUCUGUUUGCAUAGCUUGUCUUGUGAUUGUCAUUUAUUCAUUCAAAUUGUUCCAGGGUAAAGAAGUGGCUUGCAAUAUAACAAAACUUCCCAGUGGAUCUGUUGUGUUUGAAGAUAUAAAUCCGGAAAUUAUGCGUGGGCAAGUUUUGAAACCCCUGGAGCGUGGCAAUAUGAUGCGUGUACCUCAGAAUGAUCCACUACCUGGAAGGAUAAAAUAUCGUGCUGCUGAUCAUUCUGAAGUUGAGGUUCCAUUUGGUGAUAAAGAUCAAUGCGGUGAGUUCACCCUGCGCCAUGGCGACUGGGUUCAGUUCCAAGUAGCAACAGACAGGCGGGAUCAGUUGAAGCGAGCUACCAACAUCUCACUAUUGGAUGAGUCUUUUAAUGUAUCUGGCGAAAGACGAGAGCAAGGCAUAGUCUGCUCUUUGCGGGAAGGAUUUGGUUUCAUCCGUUGUGUGGAACGCGAUCAGACUAUGUUUUUCCAUUUCGCUGAAGUCCUCCGCCUUGGACAAGAACUAAGUGUUGGUGAUGAGGUGGAGUUCACCGUGGAUCCGGUGACGACGUUCUCGAAUAUGAAUACGCGCCAGUCGGCGAUACGCAUAAAGCACCUGCCGCCGGGCACGGUGCAGUUCGAGACGCUCGUCGAGAAGGGCGUCCGCGGCGUGGUCGCCAAGGAGGCUCAGUCGUACGCGUCCUCAUCCGCCAGUCCCACCAGGAACGGCAGCGCGGAAAAUGGGAUAAUAACAUGCCAGAUCAACAAUGCCAAGAAGAACAUACCAUUCUCGGCUAAGAAAUGCGAGUCGAAAAUGCUGCCGCGCGUUGGAGACAAAGUUACAUUUGACAUUUAUCAGUCAAAGAGGACCAAAGAUCUGCUGGCGAUGUCCGUGCAAGUGCAGCACAGCCUGACGAACGGCAGCUCGUCGAACGGCAACGCUCGCCCCAUCAUGCAGGGCUUUAUCGCUGCUCUGAAGGAUGGAUUCGGUUUCAUAGAGACCUCGGACCACACCAAGGAAGUUUUCUUCCAUUUUAGCAACCUGGAGCGCAGCCCCGACGGGCUGGAGCUCGGCACGGAGGUGGAGUACUCGCUGGGGCGCGUGAACGCGUCGGGCGGCGGGUGCGCGAGCGCGGAGUUCGUGCGCGUGCUGCCGCGCGGCACCGUCGCCGUCGCCAAGCCGCUCGAGCCGACGCUCAACGGCACCGUGACGCGCACGCUGCGCGCGCUCAACCCGGACCAGGCGCACUAUUCCGGACUGAUCCAAGUGGAAGGUGGCACUUCGUAUGAGUUCGGCAUCAUGGGGCUCGCCUGCAAACGUGAGAUCCUGCAAGUGGGCGACCCGGUGACAUUCCAAGCCGACGUUGAGGGGCGCGCCACUAACAUUGUGCCUGUUAGGAAGAAACGGCGGGCCAUUGUUGAUGCUAUUAAAGGCGGUUUCGGCUUCCUGUCCGUGGAGGGCGAGGACAACAGGCGCUUAUUCUUCCACAUGUCGGAGGUGCGCGGCAACCACGCGGAGCUGCAGCCCGGAGACUCGGUCGAGUUCGUGAUGCUGACCAAUCCGCGGAACGGCAAGUCGUCCGCUUGCAACGUGGUUAAGAUCGGGAGCAAGGGCGCAAUAACGAAGGCGCGGCCGGAGCGGCUGCUGGCGCGGCUGCGCACCAUCUCGCUGGAGGACGCGGCGGGGCCGCGCGUCAUCGUGCUGCGGACGCCGCGUGGGCCCGACGGCACGCGCGGCUUCCGUCCGCGCCGUCCCGUGCACGAACAACUAGCCGAGUGAGAACCACAGCAAGGCCUGAAAAAAUACAGCUAUUAUACUGCUAUGUAUGUAGGUAAAGCAUCCUAGAUUCGUUUCAAAUUCAAGUUAAAUGUAAACUCUUGCAACUUUGGCACUCUCCCGGCUCCCACGUAACACUUGUUGGUAACAUUCAUACUAUUCUGUAAGUUAUAAUAUAGUUAAAGUAAUAAAAUUUUUUGGAGAAAUGAAAUCAUCAAACCAAUAAAUGUGUAGUCGUAGUGUUGUUGAACACGUGUUUUGAAUUUUAACGUAGUGUUUAUUGGUGUUAGUGACAUAAUUACAAACUCGAUACGUGCCCGUUGCGUAUGUGUUGUUGACGCUGGCAAUGGAUUGUCUUCUAAUGAUCAAAUUAAUGUAAUCUAUAUGUGUCGAGAUAAGUAUUGAAAUUUAAGAGAGUGCCAAUCGUUGUACAGUUUAUUACUGUCAUUGUAUUGUAUUAAUGAGAGACUGACUGAUUCUCUUUUCUUUAGCAGCAUUUAGAAAAUUGUUUUUUUUUUUUUUUGUUAUAUAUUACUAAUUUUAGGAGACUACUAUUCCGUACACGUAUCACAGUAAAGAACGAACAAUCAAAGCAUCACUGAUCAUAGAAGCUUAGAUAUGAGCGUCGAACAUAUCAAAUGAUUAUCGAAUUAUUAUUGUAAUUUUUUUUUUUUUGCUUGUUUAGUCACGUGUUUUUUGUAAAGAGGUUCUUUUUCGCGACGAAACGUUGUUCAAAAUUCCAGAUUUACGUCCGACCCGCUAAAUAUGCUUUGCCAAGUUCAGUGUUAGGUGACACAUAGCAAAUGAAGAUGAUUUUUCUAUAUUUUUUUUUUAUUAUUUACAACAGUUAAUGUACAAAUUCGAGUGUUACUAUGUUAAGGAUCUCAUUUGGUGUGGCGAUUUGAGCCGACGUCCGAAUUCUGCAUCAAUAACAACCUGUCAUUCUUCAUAAUGAACUUGUAAAUAUCAUAUUAUAGACACGUAGGUAUACUUGUAAAGUGUAUAAAGUAUUUAUUCCCGUUUCAGACGUAUAAUUUGUUUAUUAACAUUCAUCGUUAUUUGUUUUUUUGCUAAUAUAUCAUAUCAUCGAUUUGUCGGCCACGACGGGUACGUUUAUCGCGGCGAUACUUUAUAUGUGUUGUAUGUUGUUCUAUUUAGAUACACCGUAAGGCUCGUUUUAAGCGUUAAGAAUGCGACUGACUGACCUAGAAUCUAGAUGAAUUUGUGAACGAUUUGUGUGAGACUUGAGUAUACCGCGUUUUGCACAUAUUUUUUUGGUUAAGUGAUUCGUUUAAUUAUUUAUUAAGCAAUGUAGGUCUAAUUUUUUUUUUAUGUAUCUUGUCGAAUAAAUUGUACAUUUAAUAUUGCCGAAGGGAACCUCGAGAUGAACGAGCUUAUCGCCGCGAUAAGCUUCUUGUUGGCCUCGGACCUGUCCCGCGCUACCGAAAUUGUUGUAAAAUAUUGAAUUAUUCAAAGAAACACAUUUGUCUUAAGUUACCUAACGCAUACUGUAUACUGAAGCAUACCAACGUUGCAGCAAAUGAAAUCAAAUUAUAGACUAGGAAUGUUUCUGUAGCGCGGAAUGGGUCACAAAAUACGUUUAUAAAUUAUUCCAUAUUAUUGGCUAAUGUUUUCUUACGUUUGUUAUAAAAUUUUUGAUAGAUCUCUUUAUUUGGAAUAUAAGCUGUGAUUAAAUUGAAAAUUUCAUGUGCAAUAAUUGAUGGAAUAUUUGUCCUCAGGGCGCACCUAGUCUUAGUGUUAAACUAAUUAAAGCCUUCAUCUGAUAUGUGUCCCCAAAUUCUAACCGGCGUUUAACCAAUGAUAUUUAGCGAACUUAACAAUUGGAUUUAGGCAUAUUGUAUGAAGUAUGCAAUUGUACUAGAAUGUACCAAAGACUGAAAGGUUAAUUAUUGCGAUGCACCGUCGGCGGUAGGUACUAAGUUCGCCUAGAUACACAAUGUGACAUUGCCUGCAGCCGCCCUUAAAAUCGAUCCGAAUGUUUCCCUGAAUCUUAAUAUAAUUUUACGCUCUGGUCAAAAUAUUAUGAGAAGGCUUUAGAUGACAAUUGCGUCGUCAAUAAAUUGCAAUCGAUCGACAUAACUUUCUAUACUAAGUUAAUGUGUUAAUGUGAUAAGAUCUAUAGAUUCGACUGAAGUGUAUGAAAGCAAUAUAAAUGUGUUCGCACUUGAUUUAUUAAGAAUGUGAAAUUCUUGACUCGCACUGUUCACGCAAUAAACUUAACAGUCAAUGUAAUGCGAUGUUUUUAGGUACGGAAAUUGUAAUUUCAAAUAAACCAAUGUAUUACUUGGGCGAGUCGAAAAAUAAUUAAUGUAAUGAUAGCUUGUUUCGUCGGUGUAGAACAACGAAUUUGCAUUAAAAUGAUAGGCUUUAUUGGUGAGAAAUGUUAUUAAAUCACACCCGUUUUUUUAUUAUAAUAUGGGUAUUUCUAUGUUUUUAAAUUACGUAAAUAAAUAUUCGUUAAAGUUGUGCCUUGAUUUAAAUUCUACUUCUGGCAGUUGUUUAUUACUUUUUGAGAGGCUAAUUAAUUAAUUAACUUCGAUGCACCAAUUUAACAAAUAUUUCGUAAAUAUUAAUAAACAAAUAAAUAAUUUACGAAACAAAUGGCGUGACGGCGUCCUGAUAUACUUAUUAGAGCCAAAACUGUAAAAAGGCGAAUGUAAUAAUGAAUUCCAAAGAAAAUAAAUAGGAAUUUUGAACAAACGUACACAAAUCGCAAUGUAAGCUGCAUAUUAUAUCAUUUGCUAUAAUAUUCGUUUCUAUCUAUAGGCCUGUGUAACCACUAAUAGUUAUAAUGGAAAUGGAUAAUUAAUAUUCGAUGUUGUAGUGUAUUGAGCCCCGGAUCCGUUCGGGUUUAGGUAUUAUUAUGUACUAGUCUUACAUUAACCACAUUUCCAAAUGCGAAAUUGCAAUGCCGAUGAACUUGAAUCAUUUGUGUAGAUCUGAUAGUAGCGUCACACCGCUAAGGUUGAUAUUGUUUUGCUCGUGUUCUAUGUGUAACUCGCUUUCCUAUAACAGUGGGUCUUCGUGUAUAUCCAUAACAUAGCUGUCGGCCUUCCGUAGUGUGACGUGUCUCUUCAUAAAUUACGAUAAAUAUAAUUGUUGAAAAAUUCGUGUACUCUAAACUGAAAAUAAUAUUAAGUGCGUUUACUCAAUUCUUGACAAAGUACGAAUUUGGCGAGCCACUUCCUUACAUAUUAUUACAGUGCCUAAAAGAACCUCUGAAUUAUAGUUAAAUACCAAAAUGGUAAUGUGAAAAUGAUUGAGCCUUUCUGAAUUACAAAUUUAAAAAUCAAAUGUUUACUUUUUUUUCUAUUACUUUAGAAUAUAUGAUUAUUAUCAAUGCCAAAUGUUUAUAAACUGUAUACAACUUGAUACUUGUGAUUAAAUUAACUCAGUACAAUUUUUACGAUCGCGAUCAUAACAUAUUUUUUAUCAUGAUUCGUGUUUAUUUGUACCUUAUAUACGUACUGAAAAUUUUCUAAAUGGUUAGGUUAUCUAAUAUAUCAGCUUCAGAACUACAUUAUGUUAAAUGACGCAAUGGUUUUUAAGCAAGAGGACCCGCGUUGUAAUGCAUGUCGUGUCAUAAUUAUAGCUCUACAAGUCAUGCAAUAAAGUACACUAAACAUAUAUAUUAUAUAUACUAAUAAAGAUUGUGAUUAUACCACG